GCGGGAGGAAAGAAGGCGCGCGCUGACUGGGUAGCUAAGCUAACAGUAUCGAAUUCGUUCUGGUUUGUUCCUGAGAGGAGGAUUUGUGCUUGCUGAAAUGGCCCGAGAUUACAAAUCCGGAGAUCUGAUCUUCGCUAAGAUGAAAGGUUAUCCUCACUGGCCUGCACGGAUCGACGACGUGCCGGACGGAGCCGUUAAGCCGCCCACCGCUAAAUUCCCCAUCUUCUUUUUCGGGACUCACGAAACAGCGUUCUUGGGUCCCAAAGAUAUUUUCCCAUAUUUACCCAACAAAGACAAGUACGGCAAACCCAACAAGAGAAAGGGUUUCAAUGAAGGAUUAUGGGAGAUUGAAAACAAUCCUAAAGUGGAACUGACUGGAAAAAAGGUGAUGAUGGAAGCCGUCUCUGAUAAAGAAUCAGACGGCGUCCCGGAGGAGGAGGAGGACGCCGGGAACGAAAAGACGCAGGAGAAGAAGAAGUCCCAUAAAGUGGCUGAAAGUGGUGGUGAGGAGGAGGAGGAGGAGGAGGAGGAUAAAGAGGAAGGUGAUGAAAUGGAGGUGACUUUGGAGAAAGAUUUGUCACCGAAGGAAACCACAGAAGCUACAAAAGCCAAACGAGGGAGGAAGAAGAAGGUUGAAACUGAGCAGGACUCGGAAGAAGAAGCAGGAGUCGUCAGUCCCACGUCCAGCCCUGCAGGUGCAGAAGCGCCCGCUCCAAAACGACGAGGCAGGAAACCCAAUGCUGAGAAGCUUCUCCUGCAGCAGCAACAGUCGACGCACGGAGAUGCGGGUGGGGAACCGGUGCGGAAGCGUAAGAGAGCUUCCGAAGAUAAAGCCAAGUCCUCAGAAGGAGAGGAGGAGCGGGGAGCCGAGGGGAGGAAGAAAAAAGAUGAGGGUGGAAAAAGUGGAAAGAAAGACCCGGAGGUCAAGAGGAGGAGGAACGCCAAAGAGGGGAGCUCGUCUGAUUCUGAGGACGAAGGGAAGCGGAGCCGUAAGUGGAUGAAGCAGCCUGCUGAAGAGAAAGACGGGCGACGCAAAGCAGACGACACAAAAGAUUCAGGGAAGGAGGAGGAAAAGAGACAUGAGAAGAAAGCCGAGAAGAAAAAAGAAGUGACGACUGAUUUAAGGUUGCAGAAGCUGCACGGUGAGAUCAAGAUCUCGCUGAAGAUCGAUAACCCGGACGUGAAGAAGUGUCUGGCAGCUCUGGAUGAACUGAGCUCGCUGCAGCUCACCACCCAGCACCUCCAGAAACACUGUGAGCUCAUCGCCACACUAAAGAAGAUCCGCCGCUUCAAGGCCAGUCAGGACGUGAUGGAUAAAGCCAACAUGCUGUAUAAUAAGUUUAAGACCAUGUUCCUGGUGGGCGAGGGCGAGACGAUGAUCAGUCAGGUCAUCAAUAAAUCCAUAGCUGAGCAGCGGCAGUUCGAGGAGGUCAAGAAGGGGGCGCUGAAGAGAGCCGAGCAGAGCAAGGAUGAUCAAAGCGCAGAUAAUAAAGCUGCGACUGAAGAUUCCAGCCCUGAGGAGAAGACCACUGAGGCCGAGAAGGAAAACACAGGAGACCCUCCAGCCUCAGAGCAGGACAGAGUGAUGACCCCAACAGAAGAAACAGCCUGAUGAUGAUGAUGAUGAUGAUCCAGAUCCACCAACAUGUAAAGAAAUAACCCUCACAUUUAAAACCCCAAACUCAAAACUAUAAGGGGAAGAAACCGCAUCAAGAUGUUUUAGAUCCAGACGAUUUUAGAGUCAAGGCUUUGUUGUUUUAUUCCAAAUUCCUAAAAUAUUUGGGACUAACAGCACAUUUCAGUGUGUUCCCCCCUUUUAUAGCAUUUCAUAGCUUUAAAUCUUUAAUGUUCUGCCUGUAGUGAUGAGAGGAAGUCACGAUGUUCUUCAGCUGCUAGAGGCGAUCAUUUCCAUACUGUAUAGACUCAUGUGGAACAAAUUUUUUGGUUCCGGUGGCGCACGGGGGCUUAGUGUGACGUCCUGAAUGCAGACGGCUGAGAGAAACCGUGACGAAGAUAUUCCAGACGCCCGUUAGUCUGGUUAGUAUGUUAAUCUGCCGUGAGGUUAAUCACAUAUACAUGAUCUACACGUACGCCUUGUUCUAUAUAGAUUUAGAAAGUCUUACUUUCAUACAUGUACACGUUUCUCAUUUCUACGUGGAUAGAGAGUUAUUUUGAUACCGAUUUCUGUUGUCUUGAUGUUUUAGCUGCUCCUGCGCGUCUGUAAAUAAGAGUUUUGUAUUUUUGUGCCUGGUAUAAAACAAGCUUUAAUAAAGUAGUCGUGGCUUCUUUGAA